CGUAAGUGGCAUGACAUGUUCACACAUUAGUGUACAUUCUUAUUAGAAAUUUAUUUAAUUUUCUUUUUAGUAUGGGAAAACCGCAAUAUUCUCAAAAAUUUCGACAAGCCUGGCUACAAGACAAAUUAUUUAAAGAGUGGCUUCAAGAAUACGUAAAAGAUUCAACAAAAGCAUUUUGUAAAACUUGUUGUGUAACUAUCCGAGCAAAGCGAUGUGAUUUGGUGAAUCACGGAGAAAGCCAAAAACAUAAAUCGUCAGUAGGAGCCAUCAAUAUUCAUCAACAAAACAGUAUUAAAUUUAAACCAAUAAGCUUAGAAACAAAUCGAUCCGAAGCUGCCUUAUCGCUUUUUGUGAGUAAUCAUUGUGCAAUAUUACCAAUUGAUCAUCUCGGUGAAUUGUGCAAUACACACUAUCCUCAUAAUAACAUAAGAAUUCAUAGAACCAAAUGUUCUAGAAUUAUUAUUAAUGUCUUAGCACCCUAUUUUAUGUCUAAUUUGAAAGAAGACAUUGGUGAUAUGUACAGUUUGCUGAUCGAUGAGUCUACCGAUAUUGCUGUUCUUAAAUAUCUUGGAAUAGCCAUUAUGUAUUUAAGUAAAAGUCAAAACAAAAUAAUUACUACUUUUUUAUCUCUUGAAGAACUCGUCGAAUGUAAUGCAAUGUCAAUUGUAACAGCUAUAAAAACUUGUUUAAAAAAAUUUGAUUUGGAUAUUAAAAAUAUGGUUGGGUUAGGUUCUGAUAAUGCAAGCGUGAUGGUUGGCAUUAAUAACGGUGUCUUUAAAAUGUUAAAGGAAGACAAUCCUAAUUUGAUUUUAAUUAGAUGUGUUUGUCACUCAUUACAAUUGGCAACUUCCCAAGCUUGUGCUCAUACUAUCCCAAGACAUUUGGAUUUUUUGAUAUCUGAAACAUAUAAUUGGUUUUCUAAGUCAACACUACGACAACACUCAUAUAAAGAAAUUUUCAAAACUAUUAAUGAUGGACAUGACCCACUCAAAAUAGUUCAGUCCUCAAAUACUCGUUGGUUGUCAGUCGAAACCGCAGUAGUUCGCAUCGUUGAUCAAUGGCACAAACUCAAGACUCAUUUCGGUAUCUCUAGACAAAAAGAUAGAUGUUAUACAGCUGAAAUGUUGUAUUCAAUAUACACUGAUGAUAAAAAUCUAGCAUAUUUGCUAUUCUUGAGACCAUUGCUGGGGGAAAUUCAGAGAGUAAAUAAACUAUUUGAAUCAGAAUAUGUUGAAUUUCAGCAAAGACUACCCGAUAAUAUAAGCAUGUUGGAAAAAAUUGAAAUACUAUCUCCAAGUAAUACAUUGAAACAAAUAAAAGAUAAUAUAAGUCCAAUAUGUGAGUUUUUUGGAUUUCAAAAUAAAGAAAUUGAAAAAAUUGAUCUACAGUGGCGAAACAUUAAUUUAUUAAACUGGAAGAAUACUAAUUCAGCUGUAGAGUUUUGGAGUGAAGUGUAUUCAUUUCAAGACUCUGCAAGUCAUAAUCCAUUUAAAGAAUUAGCCAACUUGGCACUUACUGUAUUAUGUAUACCUUGGUCCAAUGCAGCUUGCGAACGAGUGUUCAGCCAAAUGAAUUUGAUAAUAACAAAGUUGAGGAACAAAAUGAAAUCCCCAAUGCUAAUAAGUUUACUUCAUAUAAGAUCUGGGUUGAAGAGGAAUAAAAAGUGUUGUCACUAUUUUGUAUUACCAGAUACCGUUAUCAAAAAAAUUGGUACAAAUGAUGUAUAUAAUGUUGAAACUGAGUUAAAUGACAAUGAUGAUGAUAAUAUUAUAAAGGCACGCUCCGAUGUCAGUCGAGUACCGUCGUUAAUUAUUCAUGCCGAUGAUUUGAAUAUGCUCGUCGAACAAUUUCAAAGUCAGCGAGAUGUUAUUAUUAACGCGUUAAUUGACCUCAACCGUAUCGCCGAGUUCGAACAGGUUGAUCGUCCGUUGGUUACGUCAAUGGAAUCAAUACGUCUCGAAAUUAAAACUAUCGUCGCGAGUGCCGUUCACGCGAGUGCCGCUUCCGUGAAUAUUUCUGAAAUUAAAUCGUCAUGCACCGCUGCCGCGUCUCAACAUUUUAUCCCGCUACCAAAAAUCGAGUUACCGCACUUCGACGGUGAUUUACUAGAGUGGCGUUCUUAUCGCGAUAUAUUUGUGUCCCUCGUACACGAUAACGCUCUCAUCGGCGACGCGCAACGUUUUCAUUUUUUAUUAGCUAGUCUAAAGGUAGAUGCGUUAGCCGUUGUGAAAUCAAUACCGCUGUCUGCGGAUAAUUACGCUCUCGCGUGGGAAGCAUUGUCCGAUUUUUUUGACAACAAGCGUCUUUUAGCUUCCGCGCAUUUAGACAAACUUUUCGCUUUCAAGCCAAUCGCACAUGAGUCGUUACCAGCUCUGUCAUCAUUCGUAAAUACAUUUAAAAAAAAUGUGUCUUUAAUUAAGUCCCUCGGGGUCAAUGACCUCGCCAGUUUUCUGCUGUUUCACAUGGGAGCUCGGCAUGGACCCAGCUACGAUGCAGUUAUUCGAAUCAAUCGAUUUAGUAAUUCUUACGCAAAUCACCACCGCCAUGCCGCUACGCGGUUACCAGCGAGCAUACGUUCUAAGUACCAACACCUCUGUCUCGCCGACAACAAUUUCGAUAUCCCGUCGCGCGUCGACGUCCUAUUCGGCGCCGACAUAUUACCAAGUCUUGUUCGCGCACAUGCCGGCGUCGAGCAUCAUCUCGGCCUUCCAUCGGCCUUGGACACUCAACUCGGUUGGAUAGUUUUUGAAUCAUUCACUACACCGAACUCGUCAUCCUUAUCCGCGUUGACCACUGCCGUAAGUCCGCCGUCGAUUGGGGAUUUAUUACAGAAGUUUUGGCUGGUCGAAGAAUCCGCCGUACCAUCGUCGCCCACCACAGAGGACCAAUGGUGUGAAGAAUAUUUCAAGACGUCUACUUCACGUGAUACGACAGGUCGAUUUUGUGUCGCCCUACCAUUUCGACAUUUAUUCACCAACUCAGAUCAACAUCAAGAUGCCACGCCGCGUCACGGUCUCGGUGACUCGUGGUCCAUAGCGCUAAAACGAUUUAAUAAUUUAGAAAAACGGUUGACCAAGGAUUCCGUUUUAUACGCGGCCUACCGAAAGUUUAUGUCAACGUAUCAAUCGUUAGGACACAUGGUACCAGCUCCGGCACCGGGCACAUAUUUUAUUCCGCAUCACGCCGUACUCAAGGCCGACGGUGACGUGUCCAAAAUACGCGUCGUGUUCGACGCCUAG